CAUCUUCCAGUGACCCAGCCGGAUGUCGAAGCUUAAAGCUGCAAUAUCGGAAAAUCCCCCAGUCCAGGUUUUCAGUCCAUUUAAAAUAUCGCUCAUAGCGACGUGGUUGGAGGAAGGAGCAUCGGCUUGAGGAAACUAACCUAAGGCAGAGUAUUGUCCCAGAGUAUUUAACGGCACAAACAAAAUGGCAUCGGGAUUUGCUGAUGAGAAAAAUGGAAAAAAAUGCGGAAGGUAGACAACAUCAUUUUUCAAACAUACAAAUUUACUCAAAGUAAACAAUUUAAAAGUACAUUUGGUUAUUGUACAUUUGGUUAUUGUGGUAACCUGUGGUAACCACCAUUUCACUGCACGUUAUACUGUGUAUGACUAUGUAUGUGACAAAUAAACCGAACUUGAACUUGAACCUUGGAACCGGGAACGACCAAGAGCACAACAUUUAGCUUCCUGUCCCCAUUUGUUAACAAUCCACAUUUGGACUCCAUGAAAGAAGAUAUUCUGUACCAUUUCAAUCUGAAUACCGGCACGCUUAAUUUUCCUGCAAAGUUCGGAGAUGUCAAAUUUGUGUGUGUUGGGGGUAGUCCAUGGAGGAUGAAGUCUUUCGCUGAGUACAUUGCUGGAGAGCUGGGUCUUGCAGUUCCAAACGCAGAGUACCCAAACAUCUGUGAGAGCACAGAUCGAUAUGCCAUGUACAAAGUAGGACCUGUCCUGUCUGUUAGUCAUGGCAUGGGCAUCCCCUCAAUUUCGAUAAUGUUACAUGAGCUCAUCAAGCUCCUCUACCAUGCACGCUGCACAGAUGUUACAAUAGUGCGCCUCGGAACCUCUGGUGGAAUAGGUUUACAUCCAGGCACAGUGGUGAUCACCAAGCAGCCAAUGGAUGCCACAUUCUUGCCCCGCUUCGAGCAAGUCAUCCUGGGCAAGUCAGUGGUGAGAAGCACCGAACUGGAUGGAGAUCUUGCAGAGGAGCUGCUACAGUGCGGCAAAGAUCUAGCAGAGUUCGACACGGUCAUUGCUAACACAAUGUGCACGCUGGACUUCUACGAAGGUCAAGCUCGUUUGGACGGGGCUUUCUGUUCUUACACCGAGGAGGACAAGCAAAACUACCUGGCCAAGGCCUAUGCAGCAGGAGUGCGCAACAUUGAGAUGGAGUCUUCUGUUUUUGCUGCCAUGUGCAAACUGAGUAACCUACGAGCGGCAGUGGUUUGUGUGACACUGCUGGACCGGCAGAAAGGAGACCAGCUCAGCAGUUCUCAUGAUGUCCUGCACAGCUACCAACAACGGCCACAGAUCCUAGUUGGACAUUACAUCAAAAAGAAGCUUAAUGCUUCCAAGAAAAGUUAGGCUUCAUAUUUAUGAAUGUGGAAUGUAUGUGAAGCCAAAACCUCAGUGUAAUUACAUUAUUUUGUAAUGUUUGAUUUAACCUCUGCAUUUGCCUCUGCAGCUAGUCUUAGUCAUGUACUGCUUAUGCACGCAUUUGAACAUAGUUAAAAUUUGGAAAUGGAAAGGAACAUUUUUUAAAUCUUGUUUUUAUACUGCUUAUUUGAAAUAACUUUAAAAAAAUAUAUUUUUAGAGGGAUGAAGGGUUUUGCUCACUGUUUUGCAUUUCGUCUGUCAAUGUGUCAGUGUUCCUAACAACUCUAUUAAGGUAUAAAGAUUUAAAACCACCUGUCUACAGUUCAUAACCCUCACUCUAACACAUCCAGAAACAAACAUUCUUUUGUUUCUUUUCAGUGUGGUCAAUGCAUGACUAUGCAGUGAACUGUUAACCAUGCUUGAGAGUUUGUUCUUAAGGAAAGGAGGAUAUUAAGGCUGCAUGGCUUUGUUUUUUGACUUCUAUUAGCGACCCUUGCAGGACCUGUUGGCAAGCUUUAACAUUCUUUAUGAAACUCUGCUGAUAACAUAGCUGUAAGCAGUGUUACAGUUCCAGUGUUACAGUUUGAACUUCAUUCAAACUUAGCUCCUGAGGGGGUCCACCCUCUUCAUUCAUUGCAAUACUCUUCAUGCAAACCUUUCACCAAAAGACA